UACUUCACGCGGGAGUAUAUCUCUCACGCUCAGAUGAUGGAGAGCGAGAAAGAGAGAAGCGUGCAAUAAAACAAAACAAAACAGGAGCUGGUCUAGUCAUUCGUGAUCCGACAGUCACCGGGUUGGGUGCUCGUGUUUUGUGUGUGCACUAUAGCCACAGUCCCGCGACGGGAUGACUACUGCGAAAUGGUUUUAUUUACACUCAACAAGUUUGAUGUUGUGUACGUUCAAUGAUUUUUGAGAUUUAAUCAUUCCGAGUAUACCAACAAAGUGUCGAAUUUUGCGAGUACAUGACUUUGUCCAGUGUUAUCAGUGUGUCUAGUUGACAAAAUCAAAACAAAGAUGACGAAUUGUUCUGUGCUUUUCAUUUCAACGGCGAUUGUGAUCGCUAUUUUCGGUCAAACGAGAGCUGCAGUCAUUCCGCCGGAAUGGGCGGAUGUUCGCAUCAAUCCGUGUGCCAAGGCUUCAUGGCAGUAUUUGUACUGGAAAUCAGACGGGAAAUGCUACCCGAUAUUCAAGCAAGGAUAUCCAUGUCCCGCCACUUUAGAGCUGGUCUUUGAUUCGUCAACCAAAGAGGCUAAAUGUCAGUGCCCGUCUGGCCGGCUCUAUUGGGAAGAAGAUGGACGAUGUUACGAGCCUUUCACUCCAGGUCCUUGUCCCGAAGGUAGUUUCCUUCACCCCGGCCAAGAAGUUCAGUCACGUGGAAUGCAGCGACAAGAUCCACUCCGUCGGACGCUUCAUCAAGUACAGGCUUGGCUGGGUCAACAAUACGAGCCCAGCAAAGUGGAACCUCUUGGUUUCGUUCACUGCAAGCAGCGUGGCUACUGCCCGGCCAAUUGGGGAUUCUGGUCGGCAACGGAACUUUGCUAUCCAUUCGACAGCCAAGGACCUUGUCAGAGCGGCUCUCUCUUCCGCUGGAACGUCGUCAGUCAACAGGCGGAAUGCGGAUGCCAAUCGGCAAUCAUUUACCAGUCUUCAGUCAAAAACGACACUUUGGCCGGCAGUUCAUGGCGUCCGUAUUUUUGGCCCAUCAGCGCCACAUGUCACGAACACCACACAAAUGGUCCGUGUAAGUUGGGCGAAGUCUUCGGUUACAAUCAGUCAGCCCAGGCGACACAGUGCUCUUGUUCCAAGCAGUUGCCUAGUUAUCAUGCGGAAUCAGGGCAGUGCUUUGAAAAAUACACACGAGGUCCAUGCAGCGUUGGCAUGUGGUUGACAUCUCAUCCGCUGGAUUUACCACAAUACUCCAUGCCGGCAUCUGCUCGUCCUACUCAGUCGUCUCGUUUGAAGGGCUCCAAAGCGCGAAAAGUGUAUCCGAACACGCAACCGGUUGCCAACAAUCGCCGGAAUUCCGUCAAACAAAGUCUUUCUUGUUACUGCCUCCCGGGAUUUGUUUACAGGGAAGAAGACGAUCAAUGCUUCCGGGAAUACACUCAGGGGCCUUGCCGCUCCGGCUAUUUUUUCAUCCGCAGCGAAGAGGGCGACAUCAGAUCCUACGGCAUUUGCUGGAAAAAUCCCUGCGCUCGACAAGAGCUUUAUUUGCCGGAAUCCCAGCGUUGCUACGGAAUCCAUACCCAGGGGCAUUGUCUGGAUGGGCAAAUCAUUUUGGCCGAUGAUGCUCACGGAAUCGGAUAUCGGGGUCGUUGCGGUUGUUCGACCACUAACCUUCAGCACUACUGGCCGGCGGACGGCAAAUGCUACGCUCACGAAACUUCCGGACCAUGCGAAGGAGAUCUUCUUUUCAGUUUGCGAUCCGGCGAUGGAUUGACACCUGCUUGCACUUGCCCGGAAGACUACGUCAGUUACAACGGCACAGUUCAGUGUUUCAAGCCAUUCAGUCAGGGCCCGUGCCAGUGGAAUGAAUGGUUAGUGCCCGCGGCAGCGGCGAGUGGAGUCGGAACCAAUGACGUCAGUUCCGUCAACGACAAUCGACUGGACUUUGAACCUUAUGUGUGUCAGUGUAAGCCCGGCUAUGAAUACCAAAUGGGAUCAACUUACUGUCAGCCGCCUAGUUUAGAGUUGCUAUUUUCGUUGCCAAAAACCAAAAAUGGGCCAUCUCGACGAUUCAAACGAGAAUGAAACGGUGGAAUGUGUAUCUUCAGUUAAUGCUUUCGGACACUGAAAAAAAAAAGGGAAAAUGGACGAUCGCGUUUUAAGGCCGUUAAUACAACCCAAGCACGCAUCAAGUAAAUAAAAAAUAAAAAAUAAAAUAAAAAAAUCAAUCAAUCACAAAGUUUCGAGUCCCGUUCCGUCUCUUCGACAUUCUGCAAUCCGGAACUAUAGUGUAGGAGGAGUAGGACGAGAGCCUGUCGCCUUGCUUCGCACAAGUCCACUUCUUUCUCCAGUUUCUGUCUUUCGUCGCCGGACCAAGGAGUUCCAUCGGGUCGAUCCAAACGAGCGGCCAACUCGUAGCGACGGAGAAUUUCCAUUUCGGUCGCCGAUUCGAGUCUCUGAAGCUGUGUGUACAUCGACAUAAAAUCAAGACAUAAAAAGUUAUUAGUUUUAAAACGUUCUGUGCUCUUAACAAACGGCCCGCUCCAACACUGAACGGACCAUUGAAGUGAUUCUGGCUCGGCGUUGGCCACUGUUUAAAUGACUGUAAAUUUCCUUGCCGGAGUCCUUGGCCAGACGCAUCAGCGACUCAUCGUGUUCACGGGACUGCAACCGCUCGACGGCCGUUUCCAAUUCCACUAGUUCAUCGACAUCAUCU